GUGGUAACCGCCACCCAAUAUGGCGGCGGGAGGGUGAGAGGUGAAGGGUUACGGUUCCCAGCAGGCCCUGCUCCCAGCCUUUGGCGCUCCUCCCCGCGUGUGUCGGUCUCUGACACAAAGUUCGUCCCGUUCCGGAGCAGCCGUCAUUCCGUGUCCGUGUCCGAGCCGAGCCGUCCCGUUCAGACCAUCCCACUUCCUUCCGACUGUCCCACAGGCGCCGGCAUGAGUUUACCAUUGAAUCCGAAACCUUUCCUCAAUGGGUUGACUGGCAAACCGGUGAUGGUGAAGUUAAAGUGGGGGAUGGAGUACAAAGGUUACUUGGUGUCAGUUGAUGGGUAUAUGAACAUGCAGCUUGCAAACACAGAAGAAUAUAUUGAUGGAGCGUUAGCAGGUCAUCUUGGAGAAGUCUUAAUCAGAUGUAACAACGUUUUGUACAUUAGAGGAGUUGAGGAGGAGGAAGAAGAUGGAGAAAUGAGAGAGUAACUUUCCUUUUUGUUUUGAAGAAUAACCACGUGUUCAAUUUUUUUUUAGUACUUUUUUAAAAAAUAUACAGUAAGGACUAUGCUGUUUUCAGGAAUGCACUGACCACGUCAGAGAGGUCUACUGUGCUGUAAAAUGUACAAGAAAAACUAAUUUAAUUGUAGACACCAGUUUGAUAUGGCUCAAUGUGAAUUCAGAUGUACCAAUAAAAACUCUUUUACACUUU